AUGAAGGUUAUUAUGUACUUGAAUCUACUUAUUGAUGUUUGCUUCACUGGUCCAAAUAAAACACUCUUAUCAUCUCUCACUAAGACUUUAGAUAUUAGUUUAUUUAUAGUUUUCAUCCUCUUCUCAUGGCCUGCUUUUGCCAUCAAGAAGUCUUAUAUAGUAUACUUGGGAUCGCAUGAUCAUGGCCCUCAAAUUACAACAGCUGAUCUUCAACGUGCAACUGAUUCUCAUCAUCAGUUACUUUCAUCGUUUUUGGGAAGUACUGAGAAAGCCAGAGAAGCAAUCUUUUAUUCAUACAAUAAGCAUAUUAAUGGUUUUGCUGCCAUCCUUGAAGAGAAGGAGGCAGCCGAGAUUGCAAAGCACCCACAUGUGGUGUCUGUCUUCCCGAACAAAGGAAAAAAAUUACACACAACUUAUUCAUGGGAUUUUAUGUUACUCGAAAAGAAUGGCGUCGUACCCCGGAGUUCUAUCUGGAAGAAAGCUAAUUAUGGUGAAGAUAUCAUCAUAGCAAACCUUGAUACUGGUGUAUGGCCUGAAUCCGAAAGCUUUAUUGACGAAGGUUAUGGACCCAUUCCUUCCAGAUGGAAAGGUAAAUGUGCCCACGAAGAAGGCUUUAAUUGCAACAGGAAGCUGAUAGGAGCAAGGUACUUCAACAAAGGUUAUGAUGCAUUUGUAGGAAAAUCCGUGCCCUAUAAUGUGUCUGCACGUGAUUAUGAGGGGCAUGGGACCCACACUCUAUCAACAGCAGGUGGCCACUUUGUUCCAGGAGCAAGUGUGUUAGGGUCUGCCAAUGGAACUGCCAAAGGUGGUUCUCCUAGGGCUAGAGUUGCCGCUUACAAGAUCUGUUGGCCUCCAGUUAAUGAGAGUGGAUGUUUCGACGCUGAUAUCAUGAAAGGUUUUGAUCAAGCCAUAGAUGAUGGAGUUGAUGUUAUUUCUUUGUCCGUUGGAGGCUCUCCUUUCGAUUACUUUGGUGAUGGAAUUGCUAUCGGUUCAUUUCAUGCUAUUAAGAAGGGCAUUACUGUUGUUUCUUCUGGUGGAAAUUCUGGACCAUUGCCAGGAACUGUCUCAAAUCUUUCACCUUGGAUGUUCACAGUGGGUGCUAGUACCUUGGAUCGAGAAUUCCAGAAUUUUGUUGAACUCCGUAAUGAAUAUCGCUACCAGGGAUCAAGCCUUUCUACUGCUCUUCCUGGUGAUGGAUUCUAUUCACUUAUUACUGGAGCUCAGGCUAAAGCUAAACAUGCAUCUGUUGCUGAUGCCCUACUCUGCAAGAAUGAAACUCUGGAUCCUAAAAAGGUUGAGGGUAAAAUUGUGGCAUGUCUUAGGGGUGAAAUUGGAAGAGUGGAAAAGGGUCAAUAUGUAUUGAUGGCUGGUGGAGCUGGGAUGAUCCUUUGCAAUGAUAAGCUCAACGGUAAUGAUAUUGUUGCUGACCCUCAUGUCCUCCCGGCCUCCCAUCUCACCUACAGAGACGGUGUGGAAGUCUUACUCUAUAUCAAUUCUUCCAAAGACCCAAUGGGAUACAUUUCCGCACCAGGGGUUCGGAUUGGUGCAAAGACUGCUCCCUUCAUGGCUUCAUUUUCCUCUGUAGGACCAAAUGUUAUAAAUCCAGAGAUCCUUAAGCCCGACAUUACUGCACCUGGAGUGAAUAUUAUAGCUGCGUACACUGAAGCAGUAAGCCCUACGGAACAACCUUUUGACAAACGCAGGGUUAAAUUCAACGUACUGUCAGGCACAUCUAUGUCUUGUCCACAUGUUUCUGGAGUUGUUGGGCUUCUUAAGUCGCUUUAUCCAGAUUGGAGUCCAGCUGCAAUUAAAUCUGCAAUCAUGACAACUGCAAGAAGAAGGGACAAUACCAAGCAUCCAAUGCUUGAUGGAUCUUUCAACAAGGCAACACCAUACAAUUAUGGUUCUGGCCACAUUCGGCCUAAUCGUGCCAUGAAUCCUGGAUUGGUCUAUGAUUUAACAGUGAAUGAUUAUGCUAAUUUUCUCUGUGGCAUUGCCUACAACCAGACCAAGAUUCACCGUUUCCUGGGGAGUUACUAUAAAUGUCCCAAAUCAUUCAAACUUUACGAUUUAAACUAUCCUUCAAUUUCAGUCUCUGGUCUCUCUCGCCCAAUCACUGUCACUCGAACACUGAAGAAUGUUGGAUCACCUGGAACGUAUGCGGCUCAUAUCCGUGAGCCACUAGGAGUUUCAGUUUCUGUUGAGCCCAGUGUUCUGAAAUUUUGGAAAGUUGGUGAGGAGAAGCAGUUUAAGUUGACUCUGAAAGGAAAGUGGUCUGGUGGUGUGCAAAGCGAUACAUCAUUUGGAGGUCUAACAUGGACAGACGGAAAACACUAUGUCAGAAGCCCGAUUGUUGUUGCCCCAGCUAUUAUCUAAGCUUUGUGUUUAUUCUUUUCUUUUUUAAACCAUAGGAAAUGAUUACAAUGUAGAAGACAUCAAGAAAUGGAAUUUCAAAUUUGCAAGUA